CAGAGUUCGUCGUAUUGCAGUUUUUGUAAGAUGUUCACCAUGCUAUGUCGUAGACAAACGGGCCUUCUCUUGCUCUACUCCACUGUGCAAAUAUUGUUCACUGUGCUCGCUUACUCGAAAAGCUUGGCUCAGACGAGCAGGAAGCUGGAAAGUGGCAACACUUCCACCUCGCACACAUUGCGCAUCACCAAGAUGCAGUGCAUCGAUGCACCGUACAAGCUUGCGCUGCUGGAACGCUGCAAAAUGGAGCAGUUCGCAAACGGGACGGUCGGGUUAAACAUUUCCAUCCACGUACCGACAAUAGUCAACUACGUGGAAAUAUUGGCCAAGACGUACUACAAGUACACCACCUACCGGCCGUUCAUGAUCGACUGGAGCAUGGAGUAUUGUCAGGCGGCACGUGUAGGCAAGUUUAAUCCUUCCACUGCGCUGGUGAUGCGCAUCAUUGAGGAAAGUCUGCCACAGUUUUACUACCCCUGUCCACACGGUAACCGAACGUACUCAUCCUUCUGGCUGCUGGAACCGAAGUUCAUUCCCAGUGUGUUACCUUCCGGCAACUACCGAUUGGAUGUCUACUUCCGCGAUUCAGCACAAGCGGUUAUAUUUGCUGUGCAAGUGUUUGGAGUUGUACGCAAGCAAGGACUGAUCGGUUGAGUUUGAUUUGCUGCUGAUGAUGAUCGCACCUGACGUUAAAUAAAAAUAUUAUUCUGGAUUGAGCAAUUAUAGCAAAACGGAUUUACAUUCGAAUGAUCUCUAGUGGUGAACGUGCAUAAUGUUAAAAUUGGGAUAAAGAUCGCACAGUCGGAGUUCGUAUUAGGCAACAGAAUCUAACGAACCUCUGAUAGGAGAGGCCAUUAGGGUAAGAUAGACUAGAACCUAUGACUACUCAAGACCCAAACAAAUGAAGAACUACAAAGCCCAUGCCAAUUUUCCCACAUGAUCGCCGCUCGUGUUUCCAAUUGUAUGCUCAUGACUUCUUUAUCCCUAGUGCUACUACUCCGAGACGACUUGGCCUGCCAUUUCCAGCUUCAUCGACUUGAUUUACCUUUAUAUUUGAAUAUCCAACUCUCCAUCCAGUCUAAUCCACCACCGCCAUCAGCGUGAUUAAAAUGCCAUUUGAUCUAUAAAAUGCUACCUAAUAACCCACGAUUGCGCUAUUAAUUGUUCACAAAAAAAGGUGACCAGCGCUUAACUUCAAUCAGCAAUCGUUGUUUAGUAAAUGGUCUUCAAUUUUAAGCCUGGCUGACUUUCCGUUCCGGCUUAGUUUCACUCUACUCACUAUUAUGGACAGAACAGUAGCUAGGCCGAGUAGCAUUCUGCUCCUGUUUUGUCUUUUCGCCCAACUGACUCUCGCUCGAUUGUCGUACGGCGCAAAACAACCGGACAAGAAGAUUGCGGCCGGUAAAUUUAAUCAUACCUUACGCAUCACCAAAAUGCUGUGCGUACGUACACCGUACAAGUACACGAU